AUGAUCAGUAGUAUGGCAGCACCCUCUGCUGCUGGAGUGCUAGGCUGCUUGUUCACGCUCCUCGGUUUGUCAGGUCUUCUCAUCAUAGCACGACUGUGGCUUCGGCUGCAGAUCCAGUCACAGCCUCUCGCACUCAGUGAUGGACUUUUGGUCAUCGCAUGGUUUAGCUGUCUAGCACAAGCUGUUUUGGUUAUUCUUAUGCGCAACGAAGACGUGCUGCAUCCUGAUAUCAACUACACCCUCUUCAACUGGGAGGCCGACCCCCCCAAGCUUGAACAUGUGAGAAAGUUAAUCUGGGUGACCAUUUUCCCCUUCUUCAGCGCUCUUUACUUCUGCAAAUUUGCACUACUCGCAACAUAUCUCCAAUUAUUCCCACCAUUUAUGACGGUCUUGCGCAAAAUGCUCUAUGCCACAAUUGUCUAUUGCGUGUCGGGUUAUAUCGUUUCGAUUUCAUUACAGUUAUUCCUUUGCUGGCCCAUCGAGCGUAAUUGGUAUGGUGAUCCUUGA